GUUUUCUUUUGUCUUUCAACAAUUUUAAAAGCAUUGAACUCCUUCACAAGUCCCGGCGCGUGGGUGCGUGAGUCUCACUCGUCUACUACCUUAUCUCCCAAACGAAAACUAACAUCAACCCCUCAUUUAUAUAUACAUAUAUAUACACAAUUAAUCCAUAUCACCCUAGAAAUUAUCACUCUCAGUAUAUACAUACACAUAUAUAAAUAUAUAUAUACACGUAGAUAUAUAACAUAAAUACGCAUAUAUAUAUAAAACACGUAUAGAUAGACCCAUUUCUCUGCAUAUUUUCUUCUUCGUCUUCUUCUUUCAGUGUAGAUACACCCAUUUCUCUGUAUAUUUUCUUCUUUGUCUUCUUCUUUCAGUGUUUUAACUUUGAAAUGUCUACAAUGGCUUUUCUAAACCCUUUGAGUUUCUCAUUCAAACCCAAAAGACUACCAGCCAACCUCUACUGCAUGACUUUAGCCUCAGUCCUCUGUUCGCUCUGCUACCUCGCCGGAAUAUGGAAACACUCCUCCCGCACCUUAACGGGUUCCUCCUAUUCCCUCACCGGUGGCCUCUCAUGCUCGCUUGCUACCCAAACAAACAGGACGACGGUGCCGGCGAUGGCGACGGCGGCGACCACCACCAUCCACCUCAACUUCUCAUCCCACCACCACGUGCAGGACCCACCCCAUGAGACGGCGCGUGAGCACCACUUCCCGCGGUGUUCGCCGGAGCUGAGCGAGUACACGCCGUGCGAGGACCGGCGGAGGUCGUCGAAGUUCGACAGGGAAAGGUUGGUUUACAGAGAGAGGCACUGCCCGGAGGCCGGCGAGGUUUUGAGGUGUCGAAUUCCCGCUCCGAAGAGGUAUAGGGUGCCGUUCCGGUGGCCGGAGAGUAGGGAGUCAGUUUGGUUUGCCAAUGUGCCCCAUAUGGAGUUGACUGUGAAGAAGAAGAUGCAGAAUUGGGUCCGGUUCAACAAGGGCCGGUUCAGCUUCCCCGGUGGCGGAACCAUGUUUCCGAACGGCGCCGAUAAGUACAUCGACGAUAUCGCAGAGCUGAUCAAUCUGAAUGAUGGAUCUAUAAGGACCGCUGUUGACACUGGUUGUGGGGUGGCAAGUUGGGCUGCCUAUCUUUUGUCAAGGAACAUCUUAACAGUGUCAUUUGCUCCAAGAGACUCACAUGAAGCUCAGGUUCAAUUUGCCCUUGAAAGAGGAGUCCCUGCUUUGAUUGGAAUUCUUGCUUCCAAAAGGCUCCCUUACCCCUCAAGAGCAUUUGACAUGGCUCAUUGCUCUCGCUGUCUCAUUCCUUGGGGCCAGUUUGAUGGGAUUUACUUAAUUGAAGUUGAUCGGAUUUUACGUCCUGGUGGUUACUGGAUUCUUUCCGGGCCACCAAUAAACUGGGAGAAUCACUGGAAAGGUUGGGAAAGAACACCAGAAGAUCUCAAAGCUGAACAAUCUGUGAUUGAGACAGUAGCAAGAAGCCUAUGCUGGAAAAAAUUGAAGCAGAAGAAUGAUAUUGCUAUUUGGCAAAAACCCACUAACCAUCUCCAUUGUAUCGCCAACAGGAAAGUUUUCAAGAAGCCACAAUUUUGUCAAGCUCAAGAUCCAGAUAAAGCAUGGUACACUAAAAUGGAGGAUUGUUUGACCCCACUUCCUCAAGUGGCCCACAAAAAGGAAGUAGCAGGUGGGGAAUUGGCAAAAUGGCCAGAGAGGCUGAAUGCAAUUCCUCCAAGGAUUAUAACUGGAAGUUUGGAAGGAAUUACAGCUAAGAUUUUCACAGAGAACACAGAGAUAUGGAAAAAGAGAGUAGCACAUUACAAAGAAGUGAACCGUCAACUUGGUCAGCCUGGGAGGUAUAGGAAUUUGUUAGAUAUGAAUUCUUUCUUGGGAGGCUUUGCAGCUGCUUUGGUUGAUGAUCCCGUUUGGGUUAUGAACAUUGUUCCUGUGGUGGCCAAAGUUAACACUCUUGGUGUCAUCUAUGAAAGGGGAUUGAUUGGAACUUACCAAAAUUGGUGUGAGGCUAUGUCUACUUACCCAAGAACCUAUGAUCUCAUUCACUCUGAUUCAGUUUUUACCCUCUACAAAGACAGGUGUAAAAUGGAAGAUAUACUUUUGGAGAUGGAUAGGAUUUUAAGACCAGAAGGAAGCAUAAUUAUUAGGGAUGAUGUAGAUUUCGUGGUAGAGAUCAGGAGCAUGAUGGAUGCAAUGGAAUAUGAUACAUGGAUUGCAAACCAUGAGAAAGGACCCCAUGAUAGAGAGAAGAUACUAUUAGCAGUCAAGAGGUAUUGGACGUCAUCAUCACCGAAUCAUAUUCAACGAACAACAAAAAAUGUUUCACAGUUCUAGAAGAUUGCCCAGUGUUUUUAUUUAUUUAUUUAUUAAAAUAUUUAUGUCAAUUAUAUUUGAUUUCUUUUUUUUUAUUAUUUUUUAUUUUUUUUAUUUUUUUUCAUGGAUUGAAAUUCACCCGUUUAUUGUAGGUGUCUCGAUUGUAUAGAUUUAAGAAAUAUCUAUGAAAGGCAUUUUUGAGG